AUGGCCGAGUACGCCAGCUUCAUAGCCCAUUCGGCCCCCUGGGUCCACGGCUCAGGCACCAUGACCCCCUCGCGCCUUCGCUCCUUGUCGCCCAUGCCCAAGAAUCACGUUACCCGAUCCAUAUCCACGCCACAGCUCGCCAAAACUGCCCGCUCGCAGUCGCAGUCGGAGUCGGAAAGCGAUGGCAUGAAUACUAUCCCCGACCCGCGAUCAGCCACCCCGCAGCCCCCUCUUUCACGCCACGACUCGACAGACUCUCACCCAGACCUCAGCCAGGAAGUUUCCACACUCAGCACCAAGCUCAUCAACGCCAUCAACCACUCCACUAUGCUCGACGAUUCACUGCAGCAAACGAGGCACGAGCUGGAAGCCGCAAGAGAGAAGCUGGCGCAGUUGGAGGCCCAGGUCAGGGAGCAUGAGGAGAAGGUAUCAAAAGGGCUGCUAAUGGACAAGAUUGUCUAUGAUAAGAUGGAGAAGCAGUUGUCCAGUGAACUGCACGAGGAGCGCAAGCGACGGGCUCAGGCAGAAGCUGCAAAGCGAAAGACUGACAGCGAGGUCGAGGCUCUGACAGCUGCGCUCUUCGAAGAGGCUAAUGUCAUGGUCGCGGCUGCUCGCAAGGAGACCGAGGCUUCCGAGAAACGUGGCGAGCAACUCAAGCAACAGCUGGGCGAUGCCGAAGUGCUCCAACACUCCCUCCAAGACCAACUACAGGAUCUCAAAGGCGUCGUGGAGAAGAUGAGCUCCCAUGGCGACGACAACGAAAGCCACAUUCUCACAACAAACACCGCUCCUUCAACACCAGGCAUCACCCCGGCGGACAAGAUGAGCAAGUUGUUCGAGGCCAUGAAUCUCACGCCUAGUACCCCGGGAACCGAUGAGAUCACCCCUGAUCACCCACUCCAUUUUUCGCAUCUAAUUCAUCCCGUCCUACGGUCUGACCUUACCGCUUUCAAGGAAUUCCAAGACAUGCUCAAGACCAGCGCGCGGUCCUCGGCUCCGGCAAGUCGUGCUUCGAGCGGGAACUACAGCAGUUUGAGUGUACUCGGACUUGGCUCACUGACCAACAGCUCCACCACAUCUCUACCGUCCAAGUCGUCUGCCUCCGUCACCAACUCACCUCGUGAAUCUGUAGCCACUGCUGGUAUGCCCAACCUCAAGGACGAAAAGUUCUACAAACGCGCUCUAGUCGAGGACAUUGAGCCUACAUUGCGUCUGGAUAUCGCUCCCGGUCUCUCCUGGAUGGCACGCCGUACCGUGCUCAACAGUAUCACUUCUGGUUCUCUAGUUGUAGAGCCAAACCCUGCUCCGUCAUCCAGGUUCCGAGUCCCAGUCUUUCCAUGCUCGUUAUGUGGAGAAGCAAGAAAUGGCGACCAGUACGCUCGGAAGUUCCGAUUCAAGCCCUCGGACACGGAGGAUUCGCAGCGCUAUCCCCUCUGUGACUGGUGUCUGGGUCGUGUCAGGGCAACAUGCGAUUACAUUGGUUUCUUGCGCAUGGUAGCAGCAGGACAUUGGCGAGCCGAGACGGAAGAAGAGAAGAAAUCCACUUGGGAAGAGAGCGUGCGACUUCGUGAGCGCAUGUUCUGGACCAGAGUCGGUGGAGGCGUGGUCCCUUCUUUUGUUCCUUUGCGAGACGGCAGCCCACACAGUCCUACAUUUACAAGCGACGAUAUCAAGCAGCAGCGCGAGGAACGGAUGAGUGAGGAGGAGAGUAUCAUCUCGUUUGAACCUAGAGAUAUCACGGCGAGUGGCUCGGCGGCGUCAACAAUGGGAAACGAGUCUCCCCGGAAGAGCGAGGACGAUCCUUUUCAAAGUAAGAGUGGGGACAAGGCUAAGAGGAUUUCCAUUGGCAAUACUGUCAUCUCGAGCGACAAUGCUGCCCCGGAACUCGGAUCUACUACUCCACCACCCGCCGAGCAAGAAGGUGGUGAAGCAGCCAAGGGGAACGACGACCAAAAGAUUGAGUCCCCCUUGCCAAUACCUUCGUUGACAAUAGAGGAAGAGAAGAAGAUUGAACAAGAUGCUGAAGCUCAGCUUCAGGACGAAGUGAAAAAAUCGCUGGAGAAGCCUGCGUUGCAGCGUCAACGCUCAUCUUCUAAUCCGCCGCCUGUUGCUGCUACUUUAAGGAAGAAGGAAGAGAGCAGUAAUCGACUCAGUUUGAGGAUUCCGGGCUCUAUGGGUGCGGGUAUGAGUAUGCCUGGAGCUUUUGAUUGA